AUGUUUUAUGCAGACAAUUUUCCAGAUUUUGUUGAAAUGUUAGCUGAGGAGGAAACUGAUGGGAAGAAUACCAAUGAGGAGUGCAACAACGACAAUGAAUCAUCAGAUGAUAAUUCUAACCAACAUCUCUAUCUUGGAUGUCUUCUUUCACUUGGGAUAAGCAUGCUGCUAGUGGUCGUGUUCUGUGUGGGGUAUGCUCUCUCCGGGAUCACUCUUGCUGAUUUUCUCCCUUUGAUUGAGCUGCAUUGCCUUUUACCUAACCAGUGUGCAAAAUCGACAAAGUUACUCUGUGAUUUUUUCAGGAAAUUGAAGAGUCCUCUGGAACUUCAUUACUACUGUUCAUCUUGCCAGGAAUACUUUGGAACACAGAAACCAAGGUGCUGUUCAAAUGCAGCCUGCCUGAGCAACUUUGAGAAGAAAAGAUCUGAGCUACACUAUUUCAUUGUCAUACCCUUUACAAACCAACUAAAAGCAAUAAUUCGAGGUAAGUUAACUUCAGUCUCCUUUCAUGCACAAUGAAACGCUUUUCAGUAAGAGUAUAUUGAAAUUGAAACUUAUUGUAAAUUGUGAUUUUAAUCUCCUUAUCUUUUUGGUAUAAGAAAGGGUUAAAAUUUUUCUCACAGUGUAUUUAAGGUAUACACAUUAAUAAAGAUUUUGAAUUACUUUAUAUGUAAGGGGAAGGUGUGAGGACUCUGGGCAAAGUCUCUCCAUACAAAACUUUGCCAAUGAACUAACUUUCACCAGCAAUAUACUGCUUUUUUAACGUUUCUUAUUCAAUAGUUUUGCUUUUAUUCAAAGGUAUGGGGGAUUCAGCGCAUGAAAUGCUCAGUCAUCAUACAUCUAGGAAGAAGAAGUGAAAACACAACAUCCAGGACAUAUUUGAUGAUGAACUGUAUAAGAACCACUUUAAUCCUAAAGAAUAUUUGCAUGGGACAUCAGCUCCUGCAAGAGGAAUGGAAAUCCACCUAUCCCUGAUGGUGAACACAGA